CGACCCGGAAUGGAGACGGCAGCCAAGAAGUACGUGGCACUCCUCGCACAGGCAGAGCCUGUUUUGCUCGACUCUGCGGCACAGUGGACGGAUGACACCAAGAUGCAAACUCUUCUGCGGCACAAGCUGCUUCCAGGACUUCAAGCAGGCUUGCAAGCAAAGAACACGAGUCUCUUCGCACUCACGCGCGCGCUUUGCAUCAGUGCGUCGUUCGUACAGGCGUUGACGACCUGCGACGGGCUUCUCAUGGAGCUAACGAGCCAGCUAUCGCUGCCUUCCGUCGUAUCACGCCCGGAAUUGGCGGUUUGCGUAGCACAUGUCUUCUACGUCGUCGCUCGCGCCGUCAACCAAAGCUCGAGCACAGAGAAGCGCGUUCGGGCGGCUUUGUUUUCCGGUCUUUUAACCCUCUGGCCAAUGCUCAACUCUACAGAAAAAAGCGUGUCGGGUGCAGUGGCCCCUCUUCAAGAAGCAACACUAGCCUUGGCCAUCGAGGCGCUCGCCUUGGCACCGACGCAAGAGGCACAGAGCGCUCUAGUGACCGAGAUGGCUGACGCCAUCACGUCACUGCAGCUUGUCUCACCGUGGAGUACUUGCGUCGAGCCCAACGUCUGCUUCUAUUUGUAUCUGUUGGUGCUUUCGCCGCACCUUUUAAGCACGAAGGAAGCGCCAGCACUGCUCGCUUCCUGGCUCACAGGCCUCGACACGGAAGCCUCAAAUGACGUUUCUGCCGCGGGCCUUGUUCGUCCGAUGCAGUGGCCAUCGUCGCUGCCGUUCGCAGUCAAUGUCCAGGGCAAGAGCUUUCUUGAAACCAUUGGCACAGCAGCCUCGAGGUCGGAGCUUGCGGCGUGGCCCUCGCUCUCCCACUUGUGGGGCCUGCUUCUCCUUCCGUUUGUGUCGGACGAGUCGUGGUGGUCGCUCGCUGCCAUGCUUUGCAGCUACAUUGCUUGCCAUGAUCCCCCGCAAUUGGACGAUUCAGUGCUCUUGACGACGAUCGCAAACCGGUUUGCAUCAACUGCACCGGGCAAGCGACCCAAACGACUUGGCAGCGUGGCAAAGCUCGUUCAAGCCUACAACCUGGCGUCUCUCGUCCCGGCAACGAUAUCGCUCGAUGCGCUUGUGCUGGCUGCUCUUUUUCAAGCGACCUCCGACGCGAUGACAGCAGCAAAUGUAGCUCUCUCGGUCCGUGACGCGUCCGCACUCUUGUGCAUUGUGCACUUGUGUUGCCGAGGCUCACCUCACAUGCCCGUCGUCACCCUCUUCUCAAACAGUAGUGCAUCGCUGCCCGCGAGUGUCUUGAUCGGCGUGUGUGAGACGCUGCAGCUACUUGUGGACCCGCCCGCGCCGUACCAAACCCGCGUGAUUCUCAGCGAUGACUUGGCGGCACUCGCAGCGACAACAGUGCGCUUUCUCCUCGGCCCACCUCCGAGCCCAGCGAGCGGCUUGGAGCUCUGGCGACUGCUUUUGGUGCUGCUGCACCAGCCAGCGUAUCCUUGGGCGUCGACAUCGAAUAAAUCGAUCCUCGACGCAUGCCUCUCCGCUCUCAGCUUGGCCCAUCGCGACGAGCAGGAGAAUACCAUCUAUUGCGUCUGGGCCCGUGUCUUGCAAAACUCCAAAGACAUGACGUCGUCACAUGACGUCCGCAACGCGCUGCAGCACCUUCUCGAGAUGUUGCCACAUGCGCUAGGUACCGCGCCGGCAUCGGCCAUCGUGGCGCGUCUCGCUGUCGCUGCGCACCACGCACCAUCGUUUCCAGAUAUGCGUAUAUUGGCGCUUUCGGUCGUCAACGCAGGAAUGGAAUGGAUGCUGUGGUCCUUUGCGUACCCUGCGGCGCCACCAAUGGUCCUCUUCCCGUUCGCAGCAUCUUCGACAGAACCGGACGACCUUGAAGAUGCGCGACAGAGUCUUUACGACAAAUCGCUCGAGCUCGCGACGCCCUUGUCUCGUGCUACUAGUACAGAGCUGCCGGCAUGCAGUCCACUGAAAGACGCAACGACGUAUCUCUUGGCUCGUGGAGACGUUCCGACUGAUGUCACUGCGGCCAGUGCUUUCGUCUUUCAUUUGCUGCGUGCGAUUAGCCUCGCCACGAUCCACGACUCCUCGUUCUCCCAUGUCCUUUUGCCUUUACUGCGGUCGCUACGACUGGUCUGUGCGCUGCCAUAUGUGGCGCUUCGAGACCCGGUGUUUGUUGUGGAUCUCGUGCACACUCUGAUGCUAGUCGCCGAGGGUACUCGACGCUUCGAAGCGCCGACAGCCAUGGAAGAGCCUGUGACGGCGUGGCAUCGCUGCGGACGGUUGUUUCGCUUGUAUGCAUCCAUCUUUCGACGCGUCGAGGAGGGCGAGCUCCCGCCGUCAACUGACCUCGUUCGGAUGCUUUGCACGGCACUUCUUCCGUGCGUCAAGGCCCUCGGGCUCUUCAAGGCUUCGGGCGGACGCUGGAAACGGGACUACAAUAUCGUAUUGCAACGGCUCGUAAGAAGUCUGACGUGGAGCCUGGCAGCUGUCACCUCCGAGGAUGUGACGGCACUUGCGGCGCUCCUGCUGCAGCUUUUGACCGUGAUUGCGAGCAAAUUUAUCGUGCAAGCAAGAGUGCUAUUUCGAAGCCACGUGCCGCAGCUGGUCGGCCUCCUCGGGCAUGCAGAUGGAAGCGACAGACCGAGUUUCGUCAUCGAUGUCCUUGACCUGCUUCGGUUCACAGCCAUGCCAACCCAAGCAGAGCUCACAGCGGCCAUGCGGCAGCCUUUGAAGGAAGCGACAGCAUUGCUCGUACCACCGAUGCAACACGCCAUCUCGAGUGCCUACUUGGCCUACUUGGAGUCGACGCUUCCCAUCUAGCGCUGCAGAAAGCAAACUGAGUAGAAGACAAUAAGGUCGUCGAUUUCGACGUGGUUGGAACGCUCAUGUCG